UUCCGUCAAAGACCAGUAUCAGACCGGUGGAGUCCAGACUGCAGACUCCUCCCACAGGCCCUGUGGCGCCCAGGAAGGUCCACCGGCGGCCCUGGUCUUCUGCAGAGAAAGAGGCAGUUUGGAGACAGCUAGGAGUCCAUGUGCUGGUCCAGUCAGUACCAGGGAAGGAGGUCUGUCAGCGAUGUCUGGACCUGGAGCCAGUCCUCAGAGGACGACACUGGAAAGAUAUCAAGAACCAGGUCCACAACCAGAUCCAGAGCCAAAAGAAGCAGCAGUUCCAUGCUCAGAUGGACCUUCAGGAGAACCAGGAUCAACAAGACCAGAUCCAAAACCAGAAGAAGCAGCAGCAGCAGCAGCUUUAUGAGACCCAGAUGAAUCAGCAGACCAAAGACCACACCCAGAACCAGAAGAAACAGCAGUACCAUAUUCCAAUGGACCACCAGGACCAGGACCAGGACCACACCCAGAGCCAGAAGAAACAGCAGUACCCUGAUCAGAUGGAUCACCAGGACCAGAACCACAUUCAGAACCAGAAGAAACAUCAGUAUCCAUCCCAGAUGGACCAACAAGACCACAUUCAAAUCCACAAGAAGCAGCUGUGCCAUGCUAGACUAGACCACCAGGACCACAUCCAGGUCCACAAGAAGCAGUUGUACCAAAUGGACCAGCAGAACCAAGGACUGCAGACUACCCUGGAUCGGGACACAUCUUUACUGACAGGGACCUCUUAUGGGUCUGAUGGGCCACAUCGAGCCCCUGGACAGUCGCUGAUGGACCGGGAUCACAUCAGUCCAUACGCACUUCCCCAUCGGGCCCCGGGGCCCCACAUGGACCAACUGCUGUCCAGGACUGUGUGGACAGACGAGUCCUUGGUCCAGAACUACCCAACCAGCAGGCAGCUGACCAGGAGCCUCCUCCAGGAUACGGCCCCAGGAGGACCCCCGCCCAACCCGCACUCUGGGCACAUCCACUUCUGAAUUACGGGUCCAGUUCUCACAGGUGGGACCUGAGCACCGGACAUGUGGUCCAGACCCUGUCCCACUAAAACGUCCAUUUUGUGUAAAAUCUUAUAUAUUUACAUCAAAGAAUUUCACUUUAGUAUUUCACCAAAUCACCGUCCAGUGUUAUCCUUGUUGUCAUGGUGACGCUGUUGUUCAGGUCUGCAUCCUGGUCUGUCCCCCGGCUUCGGGACCGCUGGGCUCGAGUUGGA